AAAAUUCUCUUUCUCUUUCUUUUCCCCCCCUAGUCCCGCAGCCGCGAAGCUUCCCGGGACAGCACCAGCUUCCCCCCCACCAAAGAGCCCUCCCGACCCGGGGCCUGCUUCCCACCCCACAGCGCCAAAGCCCAGCACCAAGAGAUCCCAUCCAGCCCCAGGGAAGAAGGGAGAAGGACCCCCUCCCCUCCUCCGAGGCAACACAGCCACACCCCACCACCACAACCACCAGCACGCAGCAUGCAGGCCGAGAGCACAUUUCCAGAACGAGGCAGGCCAGAGCCUCUCAAUCCAACGGUGACGGAGGAGUCUGUCCUAGACAUCGGGGGUCUCGCCUCGGAGCCGCCGCGCCCGAUCGAGCCGCCGUGCAGCAAAACCGAGGAGAAGCAGACGAUGCCCAUGGAGCUGUCGGAGCCCCAGCCGGAGAACGAGGCCCUGGAGCCCGGUGGCCCCGAGGACCAGCCUUCCGCAGAACCCCCGGGCCCCGAAGACGAGGAGAAGAAAGAGGGUUCGACUCAGCCCAAGGCCUUCAAGAGGAAAAUCUCCGUCGUCUCAUCCUCCGUGACCAAAGGGCCAGUUGCCACAAACAGUGACACCGAAGGAAGCCAGCCGGCGGGCCGCAAACGGCGCUGGGGCGCCAGCACCGCCACGACCCAGAAGAAACCUUCGAUCAGCAUCACCACCGAAUCCCUCAAGAGCCUGAUCCCAGAGAUUAAGCCACCGCUAGGAGGUCAGGAAGCUGUGGUGGACCUUCACGCCGACGACUCCCGCAUCUCCGAAGACGAAGCCGAGCGCCACUUGGAAGAGCCAGCUCACGAGAAAGCGCUCAAGAUCUGCCGUACCGUCACGCAGGUUGGUGCUGGGGAGGGACGGCAGUAG